CAUGUGUGUACCGAAGCAGCAGAUCCGAAUUCAGAAACAAGAACGAGAGCUGAAAUGUGAUUCUCUGUUGCUCCGUGUAACACUCACCGCCGCGCUCAAGCGGUGCGAGGCACUCGCGGGAGGCUGGUACUGAUCACGGAAUUCGCUAAAAGACAUGCAGCCGCGGAGCCCCGCGAGCCACCUGGAAGUUUUGCCGGAGCUGAUUGCUAGGGGCUUUUCCGGUGCCUAGGAGAACCCGGCUUGCCUUGAGCUGUAUGGAGGAGGGCUCGACCUUCCCGUGAGGGGCCCCCCUUGGAAGAGCCGUCAGUGCUGAAUCCAGGCUCUGCUUCUCUGUGUGCCAUUGACCACACGGCUUUUCUCACCUUGGCUGAUUUGCUGGUGUGAUUUCCAUGCACUGAGCCCUGUGUAGGGAUCCAGGAUGGAUUGCCUGUGCAUUGUCACCACAAAGCAAAACCAAGGCAAAGGCCCAGCCCAGAAUUGCUCAGUAGAAGCCCCUGCUUGGAUGCCUGUCCACCACUGUACUAAGUAUCGAUACCAAGAUGAGGACGGUCCACACGAUCAUUCCUUACCUCGACUGACCCACGAAGUGAGAGGCCCUGAGCUCGUGCACGUGUCAGAAAAGAACCUGUCGCAGAUAGAAAAUGUCCAUGGCUACGUCUUGCAGUCCCACAUCUCUCCUCUGAAGGCCAGCCCCGCUCCUAUAAUUGUCAACACUGAUACGUUGGACACGAUUCCCUAUGUCAAUGGGACAGAAAUUGAAUAUGAAUUUGAAGAAAUUACUUUGGAGAGGGGGAAUUCUGGCCUGGGAUUCAGUAUUGCUGGAGGGACAGAUAAUCCCCAUAUUGGAGAUGACCCUGGCAUAUUUAUUACGAAGAUUAUACCAGGAGGUGCUGCAGCAGAGGAUGGCAGACUCAGGGUCAAUGAUUGUAUCUUGCGGGUGAACGAGGUGGAUGUGUCAGAGGUUUCCCACAGUAAAGCGGUGGAGGCCCUCAAAGAGGCAGGGUCUAUUGUUCGGCUGUAUGUGCGUAGGAGGCGACCCAUUCUGGAGACUGUUGUGGAAAUCAAACUUUUCAAGGGACCUAAAGGUUUAGGCUUCAGUAUUGCAGGAGGUGUGGGGAACCAGCACAUUCCUGGAGACAACAGCAUUUAUGUAACUAAAAUCAUAGAUGGAGGAGCUGCACAAAAGGAUGGGAGGUUGCAAGUAGGAGACAGACUACUCAUGGUAAACAACUACAGCUUAGAAGAAGUAACACAUGAAGAGGCAGUAGCAAUAUUGAAGAACACGUCAGAUGUAGUUUAUCUAAAAGUUGGCAAGCCCACCACCAUUUAUAUGACUGAUCCUUAUGGUCCACCUGAUAUUACUCACUCUUAUUCUCCACCGAUGGAAAACCAUCUACUUUCUGGCAACAAUGGCACUUUAGAAUAUAAAACCUCCCUGCCGCCCAUCUCUCCGGGAAGGUACUCACCAAUUCCAAAGCACAUGCUUGUUGAGGACGAUUACACCAGGCCUCCGGAACCCGUUUACAGCACUGUGAACAAACUCUGUGAUAAGCCUGCUUCUCCCAGGCACUAUUCCCCUGUUGAGUGUGACAAAAGCUUCCUUCUAUCAGCUCCCUACCCCCACUACCACCUAGGCCUGCUCCCUGACUCUGAGAUGACCAGUCAUUCCCAACACAGCACUGCAACCCGCCAGCCUUCGGUGACUCUCCAACGGGCCAUCUCACUGGAAGGGGAGCCCCGCAAGGUGGUGCUGCACAAAGGCUCCACUGGCCUGGGCUUCAACAUUGUGGGCGGGGAAGACGGAGAAGGUAUUUUUGUGUCCUUCAUUCUGGCCGGUGGACCAGCAGACCUGAGUGGAGAGCUCCAGAGAGGAGACCAGAUCCUAUCCGUGAAUGGCAUUGACCUCCGGGGAGCAUCCCACGAACAGGCUGCUGCUGCACUGAAGGGGGCUGGACAGACAGUGACGAUCAUAGCACAAUACCAACCUGAAGAUUACGCUCGAUUUGAGGCCAAAAUCCAUGACCUACGAGAGCAGAUGAUGAACCACAGCAUGAGCUCCGGGUCCGGGUCCCUGCGAACCAAUCAGAAACGCUCCCUCUAUGUCAGAGCCAUGUUUGACUAUGACAAGAGCAAGGACAGUGGGCUGCCAAGCCAAGGACUUAGUUUUAAAUACGGAGAUAUUCUCCAUGUUAUCAACGCCUCUGAUGAUGAGUGGUGGCAAGCCCGGAGAGUCACCCUGGAUGGAGACAGUGAGGAGAUGGGGGUCAUCCCCAGCAAACGGAGGGUGGAAAGAAAGGAACGUGCCCGAUUGAAGACUGUGAAGUUUAAUGCAAAACCUGGAGUGAUUGAUUCAAAAGGGUCAUUCAAUGACAAGCGUAAAAAGAGCUUCAUCUUUUCACGAAAAUUCCCAUUCUACAAGAACAAGGAGCAGAGUGAGCAGGAAACCAGUGAUCCUGAACGAGGGCAAGAAGACUUCAUUCUUUCUUACGAGCCUGUCUCAAGGCAGGAAAGUAAGUUUCCCUGCAUUCUCUGCUUCCUGACUUCCAGGCCACAACAGGUGACACCACAAUAUCUUCAUGUUAUUUUUUUGUUUUAUAAAGAUACUACAAGGCCAAAGCGUGACUAUGAAGUGGAUGGCAGAGACUAUCACUUUGUCAUUUCCAGAGAACAAAUGGAGAAGGAUAUCCAAGAGCACAAGUUUAUAGAAGCCGGCCAGUACAACGACAACUUGUAUGGAACCAGUGUGCAGUCUGUGAGAUUUGUAGCAGAAAGGGGCAAACACUGUAUACUUGACGUAUCAGGAAAUGCUAUCAAGCGGUUACAAGUUGCUCAGCUCUAUCCCAUUGCCAUCUUCAUUAAGCCCAAGUCUCUGGAACCUCUGAUGGAGAUGAACAAGCGUCUCACAGAGGAACAGGCCAAGAAAACCUACGAUCGUGCAAUUAAGCUAGAACAAGAAUUUGGAGAGUAUUUUACGGCUAUUGUCCAAGGAGAUAGCUUAGAAGAUAUAUAUAACCAGUGCAAGCUUGUCAUUGAAGAGCAGUCUGGGCCUUUCAUCUGGAUCCCCUCAAAGGAGAAGUUAUAAAUUAGCUACUGCACCUCUGACAACGACAGAAGAGCAUUUAGAAGAACAAAAUAUAUAUAUAAUAUUACUACUUGGAGGCUUUUAUGUUUUUGUUGCAUUUAUGUUUUGCAGUCAAUGUGAAUUCUGAUGAAUGUACAACACAAACUGUGUGAAGCCAUGAAGGAAACAGAGGGGCCGAAGGGUGGGACAGAAAAUACACUGCGGUAUGCAGGAAGGCUUUGGUUUGCUCAAGGGGCCAGGCAUAGGGAUGAACCUCUGACGGGCUUGGUGCCCAAGCUGGGCAGCCUCCUCACCCAGCAGAUGUCCAGAGCCGACUUAGCUGCUGAGCUCUCUGUAUUUUUUUUUUUUUUUUGCUUUAAAGAAAAGUUGCCAGCACUUGAACUUCACCAACCUUCCCAUUACCCACACCUGUAAUUGGUCCACUUUGACUUUUUAUACGCACAUCCUUUGAUUUCUUAACGAGCAAAGGAAAGAACGAAGGAAAAAAAAAAGAAAGGAGUCCCUUUGGAGACGGCAUAAUACCAGGGAAGGAUGUGCGUGUAGUUUCUUUGACUGGCACCUGCAAAGACGAGCAUUUCAUAAAACUCACGAGUGUAUGGAGGACUGACCCUACUGAGAAGAGGGGGUUCCACCUGGGUUAGCUUCAUGAUUGUUUAUUGUCUAUUUUGCCAUUUAUAAAGUGAAAGAAGGCACUAAAGAUGAGAAUAAUUUAUACAAUAAAAAUAUAUUAAAUGUAUAGAAACACAUUUCUAUAGGUUAAAAAAGUUUUGUGAAAUAUUUUGUAAAGACUAAUUAAUGGAAAGACUAACUGUAUGCACUACCUGCAGAUUAUCAAAUUCAAGAACUGAACAUUGCACUCUCCCUUCUGUUGCCAAUGAUCCACUAAAAGCAUCUGAGUUCCUCCCAAGUCUGACACAGGCUUCUCCCUUACUUACCUCCCAUGACCUCCCUGUCCGAUCAGUGACAGACUCUCAUGGAGCACAUCCUUUAAUGAGUUGCCCUCAUGGAUAUUUUUUUGGAAGACAUUUGGUUAAUGCAUUUUAACGCUGAUGGCUUUCAGAGACAAACUCAUACCAACAAGCUAAAGGGAAGUUUUUGCUUUUCUCUUGAUAAACAACCUGGGCCUGCCGUGCAAAUAGCUGAAUAACUUUGUUCCUAGUUAUUUACAUACCAUUCUUAAAGGGUCAUGUAGUAUUUUGGCCAAUCGUGAGUAAUUAGGACACUUUAAUUUGCCUGUUUCACAAGUAACAGGUUUUAUAACAGCCAGAGAUGCUAUAGAGUCAUAGAGAGAUCUGUCCCAAGAUGCACUACUUCUUUGAGGAAGAGAGAGAGAAAAUUAUCUGGUUGGGGUUGAGGGGUGCAGACUUGUUUCUGUAUACAGGGCAAAGAGAGAGAACAAUAAGGAAAGACAACUAAGGAUUUAGAGGUCAACCAAUUAAACUGCCUUUCUUGAGGGCUGCACCUGGACCACGUUUAUUUUUUAGCGAUUAUAAUAAUGAUUUUUUUAAAAGAAGGGAACCUCCCAAAGCCUAUAUCCUACAUUAGAGCUGGGGGUGACAUUAGCUUUGCUUGUGCCCAAGGUGUUUAGAGAGAGGCUUUUCUGUAAUCUCAAUAACCACUCAACUCUGGGUUCUAUGCAGGCCCAGACUCAGCCCCAUCGCCUUAUUCCUGGGGUACAUCCAGACCUGGCAGGAAUUCUGCCACACUGUGCAGCAAACCAGCAUGCAGGCUGGGGUGGCAAAGCAAGAGACAAAGCCAUCAGCAGUGGUGGGGCUUUUCACAGGAAGAACAUUAGAGCUCAGAAUGAGGGUCUCUUUCCAAAAAACAGGCGGUGUUCAUCUUACACUAACUACCACUCUCUGCCUGGCUGCAGUCACCAAAACAAACACAGAAAAGCAAAAUCAUGCAUCUACCUGUAGUCUUGAGGCUGCCUUUGCUAAUGAAAGGGCUGGCAAUGUACUUACCCUCUAAUGAAAGUUAAAUUUCUAGAAAUUCCCUUAGAUUGCUCAAAGUGUUAAAGAGGUGACCACAUUUGCCAUUAGCCAGUUUCAGGUCGAGGUCUCCUUUCACCGAUAUUGCUCCCAGACCUUUCCUGCCACCAGAAUGCCAUUUCUGGUCCCAGCUCUCUCUUUAGGCCACCAUGAUUACUCCUUUGGUUUCUCAACUGAGCAUGCAACCAUUUAUUUCAAGGACUGUCAUUAACGAGUAGAUGUUUCCGCGGGUCGUGCGAUGUGCUUUUCAUUUAAUAUUAAGUAUUGUUGUGGCUGAGUACAAUCAAACUGAACCACCAA